AUGAAGGUGUUUGAGAGUACGCAUUACUUUGACUAUUCCUGGGAACAGGUCACGGCAGCCAACUGGCAAAAGUACCCCAACGAAUUGGCCACGCACGUGAUCAGCGUUGACAUCUUGCACCGCGAGAUCGACGUGGCCAGGCAGACGCUUCGGACAGAGAGACUCAUUGCAUGCAAGCAGCCCAUUCCCCGGUGGCUCCGGUCCAUUGUGGGAGGCGACGAGUGCUCUUUUGUGCGCGAGAUCAGCGAAGUGGAUCUUGUCACCAAAAAGUUGGUGAUGAAGUCCGCAAACAUGACCAUGAACCACUUGCUUUCGGUCAAGGAGACCGUGACAUAUAGACCGGACCCCAGCUUGGAGGGCAGCAGGACCGUUUUCGAGCAAGAGGCGGAGAUCACUGCGUUUUCCAGCUUCAAGAGCAUCUGCAACAAGAUUGAGGACUGGUCCGUGGAGCGGUUUGGCCAGAAUGCCAGCAUCGGCAAGAAGGGCUUUGAGUCUGUGCUCCAGACAUUGGCCGAGAAGUGGGACGAGUCGGGGGUGUUUGUCAAGGACGUCGGCUGCACGCUCUUGAAGGAGUUUGACGAGGUCAACGACAUGACGCACGAGUUGGUGCAUGAGGUCACGGAAAAGACGACCUCGGUGCUCAGCGAGGUCCGCAAGUUGGGGAUGUGGCCCCGUAAGUAG